UUCCGUUGUUGGGCGCUAACCAUGUGAUUGGGUCAGUGAGGUCAUUUGGUGGAGUUGACGAGGGCGGGGCGUGGUGCUAAGGGAACCGGGGUUCGUCUCAUCAUCAUCAACCACCUGCCACUUUCAGUAUACGUAUCGACUCGACGUUGUCUCAACCGCCGACAGGAAAUUGGUCGAACUAGACAGUUGAGACAUCACCAGGUUCACCGAUUUGAUCCCAAUCCGAUUACGCUCCCGUCACAUCCUCUCAUUAUGCCGCCCCCGCCGGACCUGUCCUGCUACAUCCUUCCGGACACCGAGUCCAGGGAGAUCUUUACCACAAAGAUUCUCCCCACCGACCUCCCACCGUCCCUCACACCACACCCGACCCGGUCCCGGCCCCUCGCCGUGCUUAUAGUCGGUCAGACCGGCGCUGGCAAAACGCGCACCGCGCCAGCCGUCCUCGGCGCCAUGGCUCGCUGCCAACCCCCUGUGCACCUCAUCGCCGACGUCUACAAGGCCCAUCACCCGUCCUAUCUUGCCCUUCUCGACUCUGACAACCCUGCUCACGCAUCUCCCGCCACGGGCCCCGACGCGCGCAAGUGGCUCGCCAUGGCCGCAGCCGAGGCCAUUGCCCGCAAGCUCGAUGUCCUCCUCGAGAGCGCGUGCCGCCACCCGGACGACUUCCGUGAGUUGGCGGGCAUGUUUGGCAAGGCCGGCUACCGCGUCGAGGUCGUCAUCAUGGCUGUGCCCGCAGCGCUGAGCAGGCUGGGCAUCCUGCAUCGCUUCUACGAAAGGUUGCCGGAGGCAGGGAGUGGGGGUUUACCUAUCCGGCUCACGCCGGUCAAGGUCCAUGACGAUUCUUACAGGGGGCUCAUGAGUGUAGCAGAGUGGAUAGACGGAGUGAACUACGUCGACAGGAUUCUGGUCGUAAGAAGGGGCAACAUGGUUGCUUUUGCGGAUGAAAGGGGCCGAGAUGGAAAGUUGCAGGGCACGGUGGCUGAAGCUGUAAGGAUAGAGCGAGACCGGCCGCUGACCAAAGAGGAGAGAGAAUCAGCCUUGGCGGACCUGGAAAAAUUGGCCGCACGUGAUGCAAAGCUGGCGGAGCAGGUUAUGGGGUUGCUUGAGCCUUUAUUGGUGGAAGAAGACCAGACCUAUCCGGUGUUGCGUCCCCUAUCUUUCCCGCCUCAUGGCCCGAGGGACGCUUUGCUCACGCUGGGUGAGGUAUGAUAGCUCGUGCGGCAGGUAAUCCUGGGUCCUUGACCAUCAGAGUCUUGCAACUCCAAUCAUAUCAAACCUGGAAUCGACUAGUGCCUUAAGACUGGAAAAUGAUAGGAGAAGGCCAGAGAAUGGAAAGGGGAAUGAAUAGUGUUUCUGACAUGGUGGAAGCAAAACGGUGAGACUGGUUCUGAUCCUCAUGAUUUGGUAACAGCAAAGAAGCAGGACACUGUCUCAUAUGGUGGAUGAUCUCGAACACGUCUUGGGGCCUGGCCCAUACUUUAUCUCUCUCUUAU